AUGGCUUCGACUUCAGGAGAAGACCCCAAGCCAUCACGCGGUCCCGUGUCCGCGAAACCAUCCGCCGACGACCCAAUCCUCCGUAACGCGCUGCGUUACACAAUAUCCCCCAAAGAAUAUGAGACGCUCCACAAAUUCAUAAUCUCGCGAUCCAAAGUCUUAAAGAAGAAUGCGCCCACCGUCGCAAAGGUCGAGAAGCUCCUUGAGAGACCGGGACGCGAUGAUCAUAAUGCCGCGGCUGUGAGGGCGAGUUUGAGACUGUUUCUUGCUACCGGUGCUGGGUUGAAGGCAUGGGGAGCAAUAAGUGAGCGGUUACUAGGAAGGGAUAAAAUACAUGGGAAGAAAGUUCCCCUCUGGAAAGGACCGAAUUUUCGACUGUCGCUUUCUAUUUCUACCAUCCUCCUCCUCCACCGCAUCCUCUUUCGCUUCUUUACACGCUUGCGAGCCCAUCUCCUGGCACCUGAAGCUCGGCCCUUCCGCCAGAGGAAUAAACGGACUACGCGAACCCUCACAUCAACACUUGCUCCUGCAGUAGGUGCUAGUCUUGCUGGGUUUAUGCUAGCCGUAUAUCCCAGCGACCAGCUUCGGGUUACUAUUUCCAUAUACGCGUUAAGUCGAGCAGCUGAAUUUGCGUAUAACCAUGCAGAGGAUGAGGGCUGGAUUUGGGGCAAAGAAGGCAGUAGGUGGGAGCGGCCUUGGUGGUGGGGUAGUUGGUUACUUUUCCCUCUGACCUGUGGGCAAUUGAUGCAUGCUUUUGUUUUUGAUCGGGAUUGUUUCCCAGAGGCAUAUGGCCGCUUUAUAUCCAAUAACUCUCCGCAGUAUAUUCAUCCCCGUCCGGAGAACUAUCCAACACACCUAUCCUGGCCAAGCCCAUACCAAGUAGUCGAUAACAUUGCCGAAAUGGCUCGCCUCAACUAUCCCCCCUUUAUCUCUCCCAUCCUCUUCCCAGACAGCAAAACUCUCUCCGAGAAACUCACCAGCAUAUCCCCUAUAACCUCUGCUGCCCACCCCCUAAUUACGUCCCUAACAUGUGCGACUCUUCACCCCUCCGACCCGUCCUGCCUUCGCACCUACGUCACAUACUGGAUCCGGGUCUUUCCCAAACUAACCCGCUUCUUCACCGCGUUCUUCGUUGUUCUCUCCCUACCACGCUACAAAUCCUUCUAUCGCGCGCCCAUCACCACUCUUAAUGAACUCGCCUCCCGGAUCCUGCUCUAUUCCUCUUUCGCCGCGGGCUCGAUUGGCACCUCCUGGGGCGCCAUUUGUCUCAUCCAGCAACUCCUUCCCCGCCACCUCCUAGCCACGCAGCGUUUCUUCUUCGGCGGCAUGGUGGGCGGUUUGUGGGGCUUCUUGGUCAGAAAGCAGGCCAGAAAUGAAUUCUUGUAUAGCUUACGGGCGAGUAUUGAUAGUUUGUGGAAAGUAGGAAGGAAGAGGGGAUGGUGGACGGGCAUCAGAGGUGGUGACGUUUGGCUUUUUGUGUGUAGUUUGAUGGUUAUUAAUGUGGUUUAUGAGAGAGAUGCUAGAGCUAUCGGGAGCUCAGUUAUUAGAAAGGGAGUUAGUUCUCUUAGAGGGGAGGGAUUCAAAGAUUGUGUUGCUGAGGAGAAGAAAGCCAAGGAAGAGAAAUGA